GACAACUUCUUCUUUCUCCCUUCACCACAUUAAGCAACCGGUGGCUCGGUUUGUCGUCUCAAUUGACUCAACUAAUAAACACUCAUCUUUCAACUCCCGCUCUUGAUCUCUUCCUUCGUUUUUCUUCUUCCACCGCUUGAGAAAAAUGGUUUCCAAACCUACCGUUGGUUCUCUUUUGCCCCACUUCAAGUCCCCGCCGUUUUUUUUUUCGAAUUUCGCUCACAAGGAAUUUCUAUAGAACAUCCAACCAGAAUUGCCCGUUAUCCUCGAACAUGUUCGUAGAGAGAGGGCCGCAAAUCCUAUUACCCCUCCGAAUAUAUACCCGGUUUUCGGGCAAAUCCCUGCCGAAUUUCUAAAUCCCUCGAGCGCCUACCUUAAAUUGAGCGCCAAGUAAGUUAUCACUUCAGGGAUUUUCAAUGUCUAUUGCUGAUGGGGGUCAUGGCUUAGGAGCAGGAGUAAAUUAUCAUUCUUGUUCGAGAGCGCUUCCAGCAGAGAAACCAUUGGGCGCUUCAGCUUCUUGGGGUGUGGUAUGGGGCCACCUGGCGGUGUCCCUUGGUUGCGCAUCAUUAUUGACGGUGCGCCUAGAUCCCAGAAAGGUAUUUAAGACAGGAACCGGCCAUGGCUCCGAAGUUGACCCCCUUACCGAACUCGAGAAGGAGUUGGCUACAUACCGUGUUGGCAAGAUUACUGGGUUAAGUCUCCCGUCAAUGUCGGGUGGAGCUGUCGGGUAUGUGGCAUACGAUUGUGUCAAAUACUUCGAACCCCGGACCGCCAGGCCCUUGAAGGAUGUUAUCGGAACCCCAGAGUCGCUGUUUAUGCUGUAUGACACUCUGGUGGCAUUCGACCAUUUCUACAUGACCAUCAAGAUUAUUACACACAUUCGUAUACCGGAAGGCGACCUAAUAGAGGAGGAGUUGAAGGGAUUGUACGAGAAAGCUCAGAUGACUGUCUCGGAGGUUGUUAAAACCUUACAGUCGACAGAUAUUCCGCUUCCUCCUCAGCCACCGAUUCGGAAGAACCAACAGUACACUUCUAAUGUUGGGCAGGAAGGUUACGAAGGACACGUGCGUGAUCUGAAAGCGCACAUUGUGAAGGGAGACAUUAUCCAGGCCGUUCCAUCACAGAGAUUUUCAAGGCCAACUUCGCUGCAUCCAUUUAACAUUUACCGACACUUGCGCACUGUUAAUCCUUCCCCGUAUCUUUUCUAUAUGGAUUGUAAAGAUUUCCAAUUGGUUGGUGCGUCGCCAGAGCUGCUGGUCAAAUCCGAGAAUGGCCGUAUCAUUACCCAUCCCAUAGCAGGCACAGUUAAGCGUGGAAAGACCCGUGAGGAGGAUGAUGGGUUCGCCUCUGAACUGGCCAAUUCUCUUAAGGACAGGGCCGAGCAUGUAAUGCUUGUUGACCUGGCGAGAAACGACAUCAACCGUGUCUGCGAUCCUCUCACAACGACCGUCGAUAGAUUAAUGACUGUGGAGAGAUUUUCCCACGUCAUGCAUUUGGUCUCACAGGUUUCGGGGGUUCUCAGAAAGGGAAUGACGAGGUUUGAUGCUUUUAGAAGUAUUUUCCCGGCGGGCACUGUCUCUGGUGCUCCUAAGGUUCGCGCUAUGGAACUCAUUGGUGAACUUGAGAAGGAGCGCCGUGGUGUCUACGGUGGUGCUGUUGGAUAUUGGGGAUACGAGAGUGAUAGUAUGGAUACAUGUAUUGCUUUGAGAACUAUGAUGAUCAAGGGCGGUGUAGCCUAUCUUCAAGCUGGUAUGUGUGCUACCGCUCUUGCAUUUUUGAAACAAUACAAUUACUGACGUAUACACAUAGGCGGUGGAAUUGUUCACGAUUCCGAUCCCUAUGAGGAGUGGAUGGAAACUAUGAACAAACUCGGCGCAAACAUGCAUUGUAUCACCAGCGCUGAAGAGAAGUAUGCGAGCAUGGAAGCAGAGGAUGAGGACUCUGGGUCGGAUAUGAACAAAGGCUAUCACCCCGGUACAAAUUCUAAUGUGCACCUAGGCGAUGGCUCUUAAGGUUGUACUCUUCGUGGCUCGCAACGGUAAGCGCUCGGUUGACUUUUUGUCCGUUCUCUUUGUUUGGAUUGAUGGAAUUACCGACUCCUUCGUUAUACAGUACUUCUCUUUUUGCUUUCCUUUCCUUUCCCCGCGGGACGGCUUUAGCGCUCGGGAGGAUUUUUCCGUGAAUGAGUUUUCGCUAGAGGGCGCAGCUCCAAUAUCACUAUUUCAAUCAAACGUAGAAGGGUUAACUGUGUUACGUUAUUCGAGUGACUCAUUGUGAGCGAGUAAAUCCCAGAAAUGCUGGGUCGCCUGUGGUAGUUUACCCCGCCAAUUUGGGCCUGCGGCUCAGUUUGAGCCUCAACACGACCCCUCCAAACACCUAAG